AUGACGGGUCCGUCCCCACAGCAGGGCACCCCACGAGGGUUGAUGUUGUUACCACGAUGGAAGAGGCAGACAUGCAUUGAGUGUCCACCUGUAAGAGAUGCAGCUACGGGAAAAGAGUAUUUGUAUUCAUUUUAUGAAGAUGUAACAAGGAUACAAGUUGUUGUUGACUUGGUACUGUCAGUGCAAGACACAGUAACAAGUGUCAUCGCAGAGUUGGCACAAUAUCUUACUAGGUGGAGAAAAUUCAGAAAACUUUGGAUGUUUGAUAAGACUCUAACAAAUGAAAGGUUUGCUGCCAACAACCCUACAUUACUUGCUUAUGAUGAAAAAUUUGGAUAUUAUACUCGUGUCAUAAAUGAAAUUCAAGAUAUUCAGCCAUAUGUAGAUAUUAAAAGUAUGAGGAUAAACUUGAAACCUAUCAUAAAUGCAGUCAUCCAUCAUGCAACUGAAUGGAAGGCUCAACUUGGGCAAAUACUAGCAAAGAAGACAAAGUCCAAUAUGCAAGCUUUCAGAGAUAGAAUGAUUGAUGUGAAGACAAAGCUAGAGCAAAAAAUUAUUUCAUUAGAAACCUUCAAAGAUGUAUUGCAGGCAAUAACUACAAUACAGAGAACAUCCAUUCAAGCAGAAAUAGACUACUGUGAAAUGCAAGAGACAUAUCGUACAUUGCACUUACAUCAAAUUGAGUAUUCUCAUGAGGAUGAAAUAGAAGCACAUCAGCUGCAGAAGGAAUGGGAAGAACUGUAUUUGGCAUCAAUUAGACGUACAUACAAUCUGGAGUCAACGAAAGCACGUUUUGCUACAAUGUCACAGAAGCAGAUUGAUGACUUUGCUCAGAGGUGUGAGGCAUUUGCAUGUCGAUUUCAAGCAGAAGGUCCUGGUUCUGUAGAAAGAGAUCUUGAUCGUGGUUUAGAACUUGUUGAUGAAUAUUCUCCCCAGUUUGCUGAGCUUGAUGAACAACGUCUUGAAUUCAUGAACACAGAAAUGCUAUUUGAUUUGCCUCCAGCUGACUACUCAGCCUUUGUUGAAGCAAAGACAGAAAUGGAGGGACUGGAGAUGAUAUAUGAUUUAUACAGAUCACAGAAGACUGCUCGUGAGGCAUGGGCAAAGACACUGUGGGUAAACUUGAACCCACAAGUUCUUCUUGAUGGAACUGAGGCAUUCAUGAAAGAAUUCCGCAAAUUGCCACCAAAUGUAAAGAAAUUACCUGUUGGACAGGAGUUGAAUCUUAUUCUGAAGCAGUUUAAAAAUUCUAUACCACUUUUUGUUGAACUGAAGAAUGAGGCACUUCGCGAGCGUCACUGGAAUGAACUUAUGGAUAAAACUGGACAGCAUUUUGACAUGGCUGCAGAUCGCUUCACUUUGGAGAACAUGUUUGCCAUGGAACUUCAUAAAUACCAAGAUAUUGCUGAAGAGAUUAUCAACAAUGCAGUGAAGGAAUUGUCGAUAGAGAAGGGUGUGCGUGAGGUGUCAGAAGUUUGGAGUUCUCUGAAUUUCAUUGUCAUCCAACAUACUAAAGGUGGUGAAGAUCGUGGUUACAUACUUGGACCUGUUGAAGAAGUGGUUCAGGUGCUCGAAGAUAACACUAUGAAUCUGCAAAGUAUGGCUGCAUCACAAUUUGUUGGACCAUUCCUACCAACUGUGCAAAAGUGGGAAAAGGAUUUAAGCACAGUUAGUGAUGUUAUGGAUGAAUGGUUCCUAGUGCAGAGAAAAUGGUUAUACUUGGAAGGGAUAUUUGUUGGUGGUGACAUUCGUACUCAGCUCCCAGAAGAAGCACGAAAAUUUGAUGAGAUUGACAAGACCUUUCGCAAGAUAAUGCUGGAAACAGCGAAGAAACCACUUGUAAUUGAAUGUUGUCUGGUGGAAGGCCGAUUGGCUGUACUGCAGGGUCUGAGUGCUGGUCUUGAACGUUGCCAAAAGUCACUCAAUGAUUUCUUGGACUCUAAAAGAAAUGCAUUUUCUCGAUUUUAUUUUGUAUCAGAUGAUGAACUUCUCUCCAUUCUUGGAAGCAGUUCACCAGAUUGUGUUCAAGAACACAUGGUUAAAAUGUUUGAUAAUAUUGCCAGUCUUAAUUUGGAACCAAAUCAGAAUAAUAUAAUAGUAGCAUCUGCAAUGAUCUCAUGUGAGAAUGAAAUUAUGGACUUUCGUGAACCUGUAAUGACAUCAGGGCAUGUUGAGAUAUGGAUGACAAGUAUGCUAGGAGAAAUGCGUCGAACGAACCGGUACAUAACCAAAAAAGCUAUAUAUGACUAUGGAAAGGUCAGGCGACCAAGAACAAACUGGAUGUUAGAUUAUUUAGGAAUGGUGUGUCUUGCUGCAAAUCAAGUAUGGUGGACAGCUGAGGUGGAAAAUGUGUUUAAAAAAAUAAAAGAGGGUAAAAAGAGGUCAAUGAAGGAGUACCUCGAACAACAAAAUAGGCAGCUUGAUGAAUUAGUUGUCAGAGUCAGAGGAAAUUUGUCCAAAAAUGAUCGCAAGAAAUUCAAUACUGUGCUCAUUAUUGAUGUUCAUGCACGUGAUAUCAUUGAAACAUUUGUAAGAGACAGCAUUAUGGAUGAACAGGAAUUUGAAUGGGAAAGCCAACUGAGAUUUUAUUGGGUGAAAUCAGUGGAUAACUUGGUGGUUAGACAAUGCACAGGGAGCUUUGACUAUGGCUAUGAAUAUAUGGGGCUAAAUGGCAGACUUGUCAUUACACCUCUUACAGACCGUAUCUAUCUCACAUUUACACAAGCCCUCUCCAUGCAGCUGGGUGGAGCACCAGCAGGUCCUGCAGGGACAGGAAAAACUGAAACAACUAAGGACUUGGCAAAAGCACUUGGGCUCUUGUGCAUAGUCACAAACUGUGGUGAAGGUAUGGAUUUCAAAGCAGUUGGCACUAUAUUAGCAGGUCUCUCUCAGAGUGGUGCCUGGGGAUGCUUUGAUGAAUUCAACCGAAUAAAUAUUUCUGUCUUGUCGGUAAUAUCAACACAACUUCAGACUAUUCGUAGUGCUCUACUCAAGAAGAUGACACAGUUCAAUUUUGAAGGAAAAGAAAUAUCUCUGGAUAACAAAGUUGGUGUAUUCAUUACAAUGAAUCCUGGGUAUGCAGGUCGCACUGAAUUACCUGAAUCAGUAAAGGCUUUAUUCCGUCCUGUGGUAUGCAUUGUUCCUGAUUUGGAGCUGAUCUGCCUAAUUAUGCUAUUCUCUGAAGGAUUUUUGAGGGCAAAGGUUUUGGCAAAGAAGAUGACUGUUUUGUACAAAUUGGCUCGUGAACAGUUGUCAAAGCAGUUCCACUAUGAUUUUGGACUACGUGCUCUCAAAUCUGUGCUUGUUAUGGCUGGAGAACUCAAAAGAGGGUCACCUGAAUUAGAAGAAGAUGUUGUGUUGAUGCGUGCUUUAAGGGAUAUGAACUUACCAAAAUUUGUAUUUGAUGAUGUACCAUUAUUUCUUGGACUGAUUGAUGACCUGUUCCGUGGUAUUGAUGCCCACAAAGUUCCACGAGUUGAGUAUCCAGAGUUUGGGGCAGCAGUCAAGCAAGUUCUACAGGAGAAACGAUAUAUUGUUCUGCCAGAGCAGGUGAACAAAGUGAUACAGUUGUAUGAAACAAUGAUGACACGUCAUUCAACAAUGAUAGUUGGUCCAACAGGAGGUGGAAAGACAGUUGUGAUUCAUGCUCUUACACGAGCACAAACUACAAUGGGCCUCCCGACAAAAUUAUUUAUCCUAAAUCCUAAGGCAAUAUCUGUCAUUGAACUGUAUGGAAUUUUGGAUCCAGCAACGCGUGACUGGACAGAUGGUCUUCUGUCAAAUAUCUUUCGUGAAAUCAAUAAGCCUCUACCCACAGACCAACAGGAGAGACGCUACAUAUUAUUUGAUGGUGAUGUAGAUGCUUUGUGGAUUGAGAACAUGAAUUCAGUUAUGGAUGACAAUAAAUUAUUGACUCUUGCUAAUGGAGAGCGGGUCCGGCUACAACCACAUUGCGCUUUGUUGUUUGAGGUGGGAGAUCUUCAGUAUGCAUCCCCAGCAACUGUGUCACGUGCUGGUAUGGUUUAUGUGGAUCCAAAAAAUCUUGGUUACCAACCAUACUGGUCACGCUGGUUGUCAAUGAGGACAGACGCAAAACAAAAAUUGGCUCUGAAUGAAUUAUUUGAGCGGUAUGUGCCUGACGGACUUCGGUUUAUACAUGAAGGAGUAUUUGGUUAUGACCAAUUUGCACCUCUGAAGACAAUGAUACCACAGACACCACUGAAUAUGUACUUACAGCAGCAGCAGCAGCAACAACAACAACAACAACAACAACAACAACUAUACAGUUCAAAGGGUGCAUCAUUCCUUAUGCUUGAGGGGGGGAGGGUCGUCCAGCUUUGCUAUGUUCUUGAGGCACUUAUUCCAGUCCCAGAUGAGACUCAUCCACCUGUAAUGGAGGAACUCCUUGAGAGUUUAUUUAUAGAAGCUCUGUAUUGUUCACUUGGUGCAACCCUGCUUGCUGAAGGAAUGGAGCAAUUUGAUGAUUAUGUGAAGAAACAGUCAGGAAUACUAACACUUGAAGAUACAGAGCAGAAGAGGUCACCCACAAGAUACCUGCCCAUUGGCCAUCCAACACUAUAUGAGUACUUCGUGGAUGUGGAGAAAGAUGAGUGGGUGGCUUGGGAAUGGGUGGUGCCAAUAUACGAACAUGAUCCUGAAAAAAAGUUCAGUGAGAUUCUGGUUCCCACUACAGAUUCAGUGCGCACCACUUGGCUUCUGACACUUAUGAAUGAUGUGAGUCAUUAUAUUAAGGAUAGACUAGUGUGGAGAGUGAAGAGACCGGUAGUGCUCAUUGGAGAAACUGGAACAUCAAAAACAGCAGUAAUUCAAGAUUUCCUGAGGCAGCUAAAUCCUGAGACAUAUCUGGUGCUAAAUGUUAACUUUUCUUCUCGCACAACUUCAAUGGAUGUGCAAGGUAAUAUUGAAGCGUCAUUGGAAAAAAGAACAAAAGAUACAUAUGGACCACCAAGGGGGAAGAAAUUGGUCAUUUUCAUUGACGAUUUAAAUAUGCCACAGGUUGAUGAAUACGGUACACAGCAACCAAUAGCAUUACUGAAACUUUUAUUUGAAAGAGGAGGAUUUUAUGACCGAGGAAAAGAACUCAACUGGAAAGAACUAAAGGAUCUUGGGUAUCUGGCUGCAAUGGGAAAGGCUGGAGGUGGUCGUAAUGAAGUGGACCCUCGUUUUAUUUCAAUGUUCAGUGCAUUCAGCAUGAUCUUUCCAUCUGAUGCAACACUAUAUCGAAUCUAUUACUCAAUAUUGGCAGGGCAUACUGAGCCUUUCGCAGAUGAAGUUAAAAAAGUAGUACCUGACAUCAUGAAGCUAACACUUGAUCUCUACAAGGUAAUAAUUGUUAAACUGCCACCAACGCCAUCUAAGUUCCACUAUAUCUUCAAUUUGCGUGACCUUUCUCGAAUAUGUGCCGGUCUCUGCUUGACAUCUGCAAGUUACUUCAAAUCUCCAGAGUUAUUUGUGAGAGUCUGGAGAAAUGAGUUCCAGAGAGUGAUCUGUGACAGAUUAAUCUGUGAUGAGGAUAAAACAGUAAUUGCUGAGCACAUAUCAGCAGGCUUGAAACGAUAUUUCCCUGACUAUGCUCAAACUGUUAUGGAGGAACCUCUUCUAUUUGGGGACUACCGAAAUGCCAUAAGUGAAGAUGAGCAGAGGGUUUAUGAAGACCUGCUUGACUAUGAAGCUAUAUAUCGAAUAUUUAAAGAGAUUCUUGAUGAAUACAAUGAACGCCUCAGCCGCAUGGAACUGGUGCUGUUUGAUGAUGCACUUGAACACCUUACCCGUGUCCAUAGGGUGCUACGCAUGCAUAAGGGGCAUGUUAUGCUUGUUGGAGUGGGUGGAAGUGGAAAACAAAGUAUUGUAAGACUGGCAGCUUUCACUGCAGGUUGUGAUGUUUUUAUGAUCACACUCAGCAGAGGCUACAAUGAAACAAGCUUCAAAGAUGACCUAAAACAGCUGUACUAUCUUUUAGGAGUGGAGAAGAAACCUACUGUAUUCUUGUUUACAGCUGCACAGGUAGCUGAAGAAGGUUUUUUGGAGCUGAUUAACAAUAUUUUAAUGGUUGGUAUUGUACCUACAUUAUUCACUGAUGAAGAUAAGGACCAAAUCGUUGGACAGUGUCGAAAUGCAGCAAAGAAUGCAGGAUAUGGAAUUACCAAGGAAAAUGUGUGGAAUUAUUUUACAGCAGUUUGUGCUGAUAACUUGCAUGUGGCAUUAUCGAUGUCUCCUGCAGGAGAUAUUCUUCGUAACAGGUGUCGGAACUUCCCUGGGCUUGUCAAUAAUACUUGCAUAGACUGGUUGUUCCCAUGGCCACGUCAAGCUUUGGUGGCAGUUGCAAGUGUCUAUUUAAUGGAGAAUGAAAAAAUACCACAGAAUUAUCGUGAGAACAUUGUAGAGCAUGCUGUGUAUGUGCAUCAGACAGUUGUGGAAUACACAACAGAAUUCCUGCUCACUCUCCGUCGAAGGAAUUAUGUCACUCCCAAACACUAUCUUGACUUCCUCAAUACGUACCUUAGAUUGCUUGAGGAAAAAAAUAAUUUCAUUCUUGCACAGUGUCAGCGUCUGGAAGUAGGGCUAGAUAAAAUAAGAGAAGCCCAGGAGCAGCUAGGAGAGCUUAAUGCAAAACUAGCUGUACAGGAAGUAGCUGUGUCAGAGAAAACAGCUGCUUGUGAGGCUCUGCUCGCAGAAAUCAAGGAGGCAACGGCACUGGCCAGCAGUAAGAAGGAAAUUGCUGAGGCAAAAGGUCGUGAGAUUGAAGAACAGGCAAAAGUCAUUCAGGCAGAGAAGGAAGAAGCAGAGGAAGUUCUGAAGGCAGCAAUGCCAGCACUAGAAGCUGCUCGUCUUGCCUUAGCUGAUUUAGAUAAAUCUGAUAUCACUGAGAUCAGGGCAUUUGCAUCACCACCAGAACCAGUACAAACCAUCUGUGAAUGUGUGAGUAUUCUUCUUGGAGCACGUGAAGUGAGCUGGAAGGCAGCCAAAGCUGUAAUGGCUGACCCAAAUUUCCUACGCACUCUGCAGGAAAUGAACUGUGAUCUCAUUACAAAUACUCAGAUACGUGGGGUCAAGACCCAUAUGAAGAAAUCUACCAAAUUGGGUGAAAUGGCAUCUAUCAGUAAGGCUGGAUAUGGCUUGUUGAAGUUUGUGCAGGCAGUUCUUGGUUACUGUGCUGUGUACCGAGAAGUAAAGCCAAAGAAGGAGAGAGUGGCACAGCUAGAGCAAGAGUUUGACAAGGCUAAACGAGACCUGGACAGACUGACUAAGGAGAUCCAGAAGUUUGAAGAAAUGCUCAACAAACUGGGUCAAAAAUAUAGUGAUGCAAUGCAAGAUCGCCAAAUCCUACAAGAGGAAACAGAUAUUAUGCAGAGAAGACUAAUAGCUGCAGACAAACUGAUUUCUGGUCUCGGUUCUGAGAACGUCAGGUGGAAACGGGAUUUGGCAAAUCUCCACAUAGAAAGAGAACGACUUGUUGGCAACUGCUUGCUGAGCUCCUCAUUCUUGUGCUAUACUGCUCCAUUUAGCUGGGAAUUCCGACGGCGCAUGGUGUAUGAUGAUUGGUUAGCAGAUCUGAGGCAGCGGGAGAUACCACUUGCAGAUGUGUUUAAAGUGGAGGCACACCUUUCAGAUGAUGUCGAAAUUAGCAAAUGGACAUCUGAGGGCCUUCCACCAGAUGAAUUGUCAGUACAGAAUGGCAUUCUUACAACACGUGCAAGUCGUUUUCCGCUUUGUAUUGACCCCCAGCAGCAGGCACUUACUUGGAUCAAGAAGAGAGAAGAAAAAAGUAAUCUGAAAAUACUAACAUUUAAUGAUGCAGAUUUUCUGAAGCAACUUGAAAUGGCCAUAAAAUAUGGAUUUCCUAUUCUGUUUCAAGAUGUGGAUGACUACAUUGAUCCAGUUAUUGACAAUGUCAUUGAAAAGAAUAUUAAAUCUCAAAGUGGACGAACGUUUGUAAUGUUGGGAGACAAAGAAGUGGACUAUGAUCCUAAGUUCAGGCUUUAUCUCACAACUAAACUGUCCAAUCCUGCAUUCAACCCUGCUGUUUAUGCCAAAGCUGCUGUCAUCAACUACACUGUAACAGUCUCGGGUUUGGAAGACCAGUUAUUGAGUGUCGUGGUACGUUGUGAGCGAGCUGAUUUGGAAGAGCAACGAGAAAUCCUCAUACAAGAAACUAGCGAAAAUAAAAAUCUGCUGAAGACACUCGAGGAUUCUCUCCUCAGGGAGCUGACAACUUCUACUGGCAACAUGUUGGACAACACAGAAUUGGUACAAACCCUGGAGGACACCAAAACCAAGGCUGCUGAGGUUACAGCUAAACUCGCUUUGGCAGCCACUACAGGAAUAGAUAUAGAUCGUCUGCGUGAUGGCUAUAGGCCCGUGGCACGAAGAGGGGCCAUUCUUUUCUUUGUACUUUCUGACAUGGCAGGAGUCAACCCUAUGUACCAAUAUUCACUCACAGCUUAUUUAGGAGUGUUCUUGUAUUCUCUACGUAAAGCCAUGCCAGACACUGUACAAGCAAAAAGACUUGAAAAUAUCAUAAAUACACAUACUAAAAAUGUCUAUGAUUAUGGUUGCACAGGUAUUUUUGAGAAACAUAAACUGCUUUUCUCAUUUCAAAUGACAACAAAACUACAACAGAGUGAUGGGAUAGUUAGUCAAAUGCAACUUGACUUCUUUAUCAAGGGCAGUGUCAGCCUGGAGAAAUCAGCAAGAGCAUGUCCUGCAGCUUGGCUUCCUUCUCAGGGCUGGGAAGACAUCGUGAAGCUGUCUACAUCAUUUCCAGAAGCGUUUGCAACUCUUCCAGAUGACAUUGAGAGUAAUGUGGAAACAUGGAAGGAGUGGUUUGAUCUUGAUGCACCAGAAUCUGUGGAAUUUCCUUGUGAAUAUCAUCAAAAGCUUAAUAGUUUUGAGAUCCUUAUGCUUGUCCGUUGCUUCCGUGUUGAUCGUGUGUUCAGAGCAGUCACAGAUUAUAUUGCAUCAACCAUGGGUGAAGGCUUCAUUACACCUCCAGUCAUCAGCUUGGAUGCAAUUUAUGAUCAGAGCCUUCCUAAUAUGCCAGUUAUUUUCAUACUGAGUCCUGGUUCAGAUCCAACCAGUGAGUUAAUGAAGUUGGCAGACCGUUGUGGAAGUGGAGGUGGAAAGUUUAAGUAUUUAUCCCUGGGCCAGGGUCAGGAACCUGCAGCUGUUUCUUUAUUGGAGACAGCAGUGUCAAGAGGUCAGUGGCUAAUGUUGCAAAACUGCCACUUACUAGUGACUUUCCUGAGAGAUUUAGAGAAAAUGUUAGAUAGCAUGGAACGUCCACACCCAGAUUUUCGUCUGUGGCUUACCACAGACCCAACUCCUACUUUUCCAGUGGGUAUGCUACAGAGAUCACUUAAAGUGGUGACAGAGCCUCCAUAUGGACUCAAACUGAAUCUACGCAACACUUACUUCAAGAUGCGAACACAAAGCCUUGAGGCCUGUGAACACCCAGCUUUCAAGUCUUUAGUAUAUGUGCUGGCAUUUUUUCAUGCUGUGGUGCAGGAAAGGCGAAAGUAUGACAAAAUUGGCUGGAAUAUUAGUUAUGAUUUCAAUGAAUCAGACUUCAAUGUGUGUAUGCAAAUUCUUGAUACAUAUCUAACAAAGACAUUAGUCACCAAAGACACAAGAAUUCCAUGGAGAAGUUUGAAGUACUUAGUAGGCGAGGUAAUGUAUGGCGGAAGAGUCAUAGAUGAUUAUGAUCGUCGUAUUGUACGAACCUAUAUGGAUGAAUAUAUGGGAGAUUUCCUCUUUGAAACAUUUGAUAUUUUUUACUUUUACCAUGACGAGUCUGUGGAGUACAUUAUACCACCAGAGGGAACCAAAGAUGACUAUAUUGAAUAUAUUGACCAGCUGCCCUUGGUGAAUAGCCCAGAUGUGUUUGGUCUACAUCCAAAUGCAGAAAUUGGUUAUUACACUCAAGCUGCCAAACUAAUGUGGUCUCAUCUUAUAGAACUACAACCUCAAGCUGGACCUGCUGGAGGUGGGGUCAGCAGAGAGGAAUUUAUUGAUGGAAUAGCUCAAGAUAUUCUGAAGAAGAUCCCAACACUGUUCAAGAUUCAACAGAUUCGCCAGAAAUUCUAUUCUAAGAUGACACCUAUCAUUAUUGUACUCAUACAGGAGCUGGAGAGAUUUAACAAUUUGCUGGAGAGCAUGAAGAGGACACUGUCAUUGUUACGAAAGGCAUUGGCAGGAGAGAUAGGCAUGGAUGCCACAUUAGACAAUGUGGCAUAUAGUCUUUUCAAUGGCCAGUUACCAAAUGUGUGGAGGAAACUCAUUCCAGCUACAACAAAGAAUCUUGGAGGCUGGAUGGAUCAUUUUGAAAGACGUGUGAAACAAUAUUUCUACUGGGCAAGUUACAGUGACCUGAAAAUAAUGUGGCUGUCGGGGCUGCAUAUACCAGAAUCAUAUCUCACAGCACUGGUGCAGACAACAUGCCGCAAGAAUCGUUGGCCACUAGACAGAUCUGCUUUAGCAACAUCAGUAUCUGAUUAUGCUUCAAGGCUGGCUAUUAAGCAGAUUGAAGAUCUCCCAGAUAAUAGCUGGUUGAUAGAGGGUCUUUACCUUGAAGGAGCCCACUGGGAUAUGAAGAAUCGCUGUUUGGCUAGACCUCUACCAAAGGUUCUUGUGGAAGAGCUACCACUGCUGGAAGUUCGUCCUAUAGAGCUACAUAGACUAAAACAACAGAAUACAUUUAAAACACCUGUGUAUACAACUCCACAACGAAGAAAUGCCAUGGGUGUUGGACUCGUCUUUGAGGCAGCCCUUGCAACAGAUGAACAUGAAUCUCACUGGGUACUGCAGGGUGUAUGCCUUACUCUGAACACUGAUUAACUGCAUUACCUAUAAGGUUGCAUUAUAGGGUGUGUUACAGAAGAUGCACCAAUUCCUACUACAUAAGAAACAAU